AAAAAAAACUUUUAAAAACGAUUGUCAUCUUACCUUGCAAGCGGCUCGGAAUUUUGUUGAAAUCUUGUUAAUUUCUGAAAAAUAAAUCAUGUCUGCCCGCUACGAUAGAGCUAUUACUGUUUUCUCACCAGACGGUCAUCUUCUUCAAGUGGAAUACGCUCAAGAAGCCGUUCGAAAAGGAUCUACCGCUGUUGGUGUUCGAGGAGCAGAUGUGGUAGUGCUGGGUGUUGAAAAGAAAUCCGUCGCUAAACUGCAAGAAGAAAGGACUGUUCGAAAAAUAUGUCUCUUAGAUGACCAUGUUGUUAUGGCUUUCGCCGGUUUAACGGCGGAUGCUCGAAUUCUUAUUAAUCGAGCUCAAAUCGAGUGCCAGUCUCAUAAGUUGACAGUUGAAGACCCUGUAACCCUAGAAUACAUCACUAGAUACAUAGCAGGUUUGAAGCAAAAGUACACUCAAAGUAAUGGUCGUAGACCUUUUGGCAUCUCAUGCCUGAUUGGUGGAUUUGACUAUGAUGGCAAGCCACACUUGUUCCAAACUGAGCCAUCUGGAAUUUACUAUGAAUGGAAAGCUAAUGCUACAGGCAGAUCUGCAAAAACUGUACGAGAAUUCUUGGAAAAGAACUACACCGGUGAAGAGGUUGCAUCUGAAAAGGGAGCUGUCAAGCUGGCAAUCCGAGCUCUCCUAGAAGUGGUGCAGUCUGGUCAGAAGAACCUUGAGAUAGCUGUCAUGAGACGCAACCAGCCAAUCCAAAUGCUGGACGCUGACACUAUCAACUCCUAUGUCUCAGUAAUUGAAAAAGAAAAGGAAGAAGAGGCAGAAAAGAAGAAACAAAAGAAGUAAAAAGAAAUUAAUAUUAACUUUUAUGUAACAUGGUAUAAGGAGUUCAUUACAUUUAUUUCAAUAAAUGCAUUUUUCUUAAGAAUUUAGUAAA